GGCUCCUCGCGCUGCUCCAACACGACGCACAACGAAUGGGCGCAGCAGCGAAUAACGGAUUGCAGAUCAACUCAUCGAUGAGACACUUUCACACUCAUUACUUCUGCAUUUCCAACAUUUACCACUGGAUGAUUUUCCAACAACACAUGAAGACCAUUUCUCUCCAGACCGUGUGUUCAAAUACGCAACUGGACCCACUUGUUUGCCGCAGAGGAGACAACGCAUUGGAUCAAUACUUGCGUCAGGAAAUGUUUAUUAUGGACAAAGGAACGCGUGUAAAAAAGCCGGCUUCACAUGUCAUUCCAAAGUUGGGGAGAAAAUAACAGCCUGGGUUCAUUUUUCCACAACGGAAAUGAUAUCAGUCGCAUUGCUUGGCUCCUCUUCUACUAAAACAUGGUCGAUGUAACUCCAUAGUGCCGGGAUCUGACAUUCUCUGCCCACUAACAGCUAGUUGUUAAUGGAAAGAUGUUUGCUGGACUAAUGGGGCUGGGAUGUCACAAUAACUCUCUGCUUCACUGCGAAGUCAUGGAAGGUGGCAGAGCAUCAGGGACAGCCGGCAGCUCCACUCGUAAGAGGCUCCAUCGAAGACCAGGGUACAUGAGAGGAGAGCAGUCCAGACUACAGAGCACUUUUAAUGGGCAGGAGGAGGAGCAGGAAGAGGAGGAAGAGGAGGAAGACGAAGGGAGGACCACUUGCAUGAGGAAUGGGAAAUCUGGGCGUCACACUGCCAUCACUCAGGGGACCAGUGCACAAAGGAUGAGUCUAACCCCUGCUGUCAAAGUGUCUGUAAUAAAUCAGCUUCAGCCUGAUAAAGUCACAUGUGGAUCCUGGAAAAGUACGAGUUUUCUCUGCUCUGGAACUCGUCAUUUCCCCCAUGUGGACUAUAGUGCCAUUAAUGGUACUUCCAGCCAUCGGGCUCCAUCCUCUUUGCCCCAGAAUGAACUCAGUUUUAGCCCGAGCCCAGCACUCCAGUCCUCAGCACAGGACUCCUUUAACUCCAGCUUCAGUUUUAUCCAACAGUCUCUAAACACCAGCCAGAAGACAGAUUCAACCACUGCCACACCACCCAGGGGACCAGAAGCCCUAUAUCAGUCAACUCAUGCACCUAGUUCACCUCAAUCAAAACCAGCAACCUUAUCCAUUGUGCACAAUGUCUCAAAACAGUCAACUCCUUUCCAAUCACUGCCCUCCUCCUCCCCAGGUAGCCAGGCAAAGAGAGAGGAGCUGACAUUAGGCAGUAGGUUUUGGCGGGAGUGUCAGUGGGGUGGCAGGGGGGCUACGCCUGACCAGCUUGAAUGUGACUCCCCAGUUCUGGACAUAGAGAUCAUCUCCUCACUGUCCUUGGACUCAGACACCGCCUCCGCCUCUUCCGUCACUUCAGGUUAUGAGAGCGCUACGCCUGUCUCCGAGCAAGGCUGGGACAACCUGGUGAAGAAGUAUGAGGGUGUGCUGCAAGACUGCCUCCAAAACAACCGCACUCACACUAAGAUUGAGUCCAUGAUGUUAAAGCUGCAGAGGCUCCAGCAGAAAGCCAUUUUGGAUGAUGACUAUGAUGCAGCUGAACGUUUUGGGGAAAAGCUGGAGGAGCUGUGCAGGGAGCGAGGCGCUCUGAAGCUGGGUCUGCCCUCCAGACAGCCCAGCGUGGCUCUGUUCCUGGAGCGGCUCAGACAGGUGGUGCACAGCGCCCUCCAGAGGGCGGACUGCAGUCAAUGCAGGAAGGAUGCAGGGGAGAGGUCAGAAUCAUCACACGGUCCACUGCAUCAAAAAGAUCGCCUGAUCCAGGAGAAACGGCUGAUUGAGGAGGAGAUAGCAGAGCUGCAGUGGAGGCUGACAGAGCUGAGGGACCGCAGCCGAGGCCUGGAGCUGCAGAUCCAGCAGGAGGCGCAGCAGGUGGAGGCCGAGGAGCUGGAGGGCUCCGUGCUGCGGGGCCGCACCGUGGCCCAGCUCCGCGACAUGAGCCGAACCCUGCAGGACCUCGUCACCUCUGAAAACCGCACGCAGAUCACCGUCUCACCUUCAGCCUCCCUACUCAGACUCCAGGAGCAGGAGCAGGCAUUGAAUCUGUCCAUCAAGGAAGCCACUGCUAAAGUGGUCAUGAGUCAGAGGCUGGGCAGCAGCCUGCGGAGGAAAGUAAGCGAGACAGAAACUCAGCUUUUGGCACUGCAUGAAGCCAAACUGGCGGCCAUCUCAGGUAAUGACUUCAGCAGUGCCAAGGAGAUGAAGGCUGAGAUGAAGGCGGUGUACCUUGAGCGGGACAGACUGGAUGCUUUGGCCAAGAGGCUACACAGCCUGAGCUCGGGGAGCAGCCAGGAGCUGGCCAGGAUGAAGGAGCAGCGGCAGCAGUUCAGGCAGGAGCUGGAGCAGAGGGAGGCCCAGCACGAAAGCCGGCUCAAAGAGAACACUACCGAGUACAUCAGGCUUUUGGAGGACAGAUUACAAAGCUGUGGCUGCCCAGGCUUGGAGCGGAUCUGGGAAGCCGACCUGGAAGCGUGUCACCUGUUCCUGCGAGGCCUGCAGCUGCGGACUCCCAGCUGCAGUGGAGGAGACAUGGAAGACCUCCCCACUGCAGAAGUUUAUCCUCCGAACCAGUCGGGCACCAAAGAAGAAGAAGACUGCGCCAUGCUGACUGCGUUGGGAGGGCGCUGGUGUCCCGAGGCUAACCUACAGAACUCAGAGUUCACCAAGAAAUUGGAGGAGUUUUUGUUCUGCAUGGAGGACAUUCACCCAGAGGAUGGGGGCAGUGAGGCUGCAGAUCUGACAGAGCGCUGCGAGCUGAUCAGUGACAGAGUAAUGACCUUGGAAGAUGAAUUGCAGACGGCCAUACUGAACCGGGAUCAGGCCCUCACCCAGUCGUUGGAAAAGGAGGUUCAGGAAGUAAAAGCUACUUUACAAACCAUGCUUGAACAGCUCCAAGAGGAAGAGGAGGAGGAAGGGAAUGAGUUACAAGAUGACGACCUCAUGGAAAACGGGACAGAGGAAGAAGAAGAAGAAGUGGAAGAAGAAGAAGAGGAGGAAGAAGAAGAGGACCAAUACUUCAGUGACAGCUGGGGCAUAUGAAAUGAAUGCUGUGUGUUUUAUGACCACUCACAGACAGACCGGCUCUCCGAGAGUCUGACCUCAGCUUUGCAGAAGGAGUGACCCCACAUCCAUUUACUGCCGAGCCUCACUCAGCCUCACAACCAGCCUCUGGUACUGCUGAAAGUUCCAGAACAAAGCCUUCGAAAGUCUGUAGUCUUUUAUACAUAUAAAACAGGAAAAGCAGGAAGGAUUUUGAUAAAAAUGCAAAAUAUAAGACACUUUAAUGCCAUUUGUUGCCUCAAAGCCAGGUAAAGAGUGCCUUAAGCCACGUGGCGAUUUAUUUUUUAAUUAAGAUGUUUUGAAGACAGGAUCAGCUAUAAUGUGUCAUUUUGUAUUUUCAAUGUUUACUAUAAAAGCAUUUCCAAUUUUAGGUGAUCAUUUUGAUUAAGGGUUUUUCCUUAACAAUCCAAUUGAGUCUCAAAAGUUAGAAAUGAUUAGCCAGCCUUAAAGCGAGACUGUGUAACUUUUGAUCAUACAGAAAAGGCUCAGUAAUGUUAGUUACACAGCAACAAUUCAAAUAUAAGCCAAGACUAGCCACUAUAUGUUACGGAAAAGUUGCAUCAACGAAACCUGUGUAUUGAUUUGAGCAAGGCUGUGGUGCAUUUCUCAUGUUUUUUUUGUUGUCCAAGUAUGAAUUUGUUAUUGCUUCUUUCAAAAAUGACAUUUUAAAAUUGUAUCAAAAUUCGAUAAAAAAAACUGAAGAUACAAAUGUUUUAAAAUAGCCAACUCAAGCUGAAAAAUGAGCAAUCACUCACCAAAACCACCUGUUUUCAUUUGUUUAGGUGGACAACCAAAACGUCUUUUACUGGUAACAGUUGUGCACAUAAACUUAAAUGUAUGCUUCUUUUUUAGGUCAGCUAGGCACUGUGUGUUUUCCGUACGAUUGGACUUCAGUUAAAUGUAAUUUUGUCCAUGAAAUAACUCAUUUGUGGUGCUACAGAAUGUGAGCUAACUUGAACACUUUAUUAUUUUCAUCUUGUUGAAAAUGCAAUAUUUAGAUUUUUCUUCCACCCUGUCUUAAAGCACUGUAUGCUUAAAAGGAUGCUCUGUAUUUCAAAAUACAUCAGUCACAAUAGUGAAAUUGUGACAUAUGCAUGAAGGAUGUAUUGAAGGAUAACAUAUCAGUGGAAGUGCUUGCAACUGCUGUUUCUUUUUCUUAAAUAAUUGUUUUUCUGCCACUGACAAGUGUUUUUAUUUACUUUAUGUCAGCUCAUAAAAGGGUUAUUCAUACCACUGGGUGUCAGUUUACUUUUGCAAGAAACAUUUUCGUAAUUCCACCCAUAAUCAUGUUUUUUUAAUUUACUGUGCAGCUUGCUGUAUCAUAUUUUAUAUUUAUUCCUUACUGCAUCUCACUAAUUAAAGCAUGUACCAUUCCAGACUAA